AGACACUGCUAUAUUGCUACAUCUCUAUGUUAUGACCGGCCCAAAUCAUGAGUUUUAACAUUGAUUCCGUAUUGCUCAUGUCCAUAUCUGCUUUGAAUGCUCUCAACAACCUUCCAACGGACUUUACAAACACGCUUUCAACCAUACAGUUCCAGCAAGUACUCGAAGCCUUCGCGCACCUUGAUUUCGUCUCGAAAGGCACCAAACAUCCGAAGUUAUUUCAACCCAAGGCUCUCGUAUCUUUACUGGCAGGAAGAAAUGUGAUCCUCCGUGCUGAAACUGUGCGGGUGCAUUACUUCGGAAAAAUCCAUCCCUCCAAGUGGCCAUGCUAGGUUUGUCUGAGAUGGUAUACAGCAGGAGGUCCGUAGCUGUCAUCCGCAUGCCACGGAGCAUUUUCAGCAAAGAGAGAAUUUUUUCCUGUGUCGAGGCUGCGAGGGUCCACUGUCCAUGCUAAAGAUUCAGACGGCAGAGCAUACUGCAGUGGUGGUGGAUAAUAUGGAGC